AUGGGGAAGGUUUUGAGAGCUUUAGGAAUGUCCUUUAUAAUGUUAUCAAUUGUGUUGUUGUUUGCAGGGUUGGCUGAGGGAAGGCAAUUGGAGCGAAAAACCAAUGUGGGUAAGGACGGUAUUGUAGGAGAAGGAGUUCAUGAUGGAGGUAUUGGAAGUAAUAAUAAAGGGCUUGAGUCUGGAGGUGUCCAGGUAAACGGCGAAGUGGGGUGGAUCCCGGGAGGCCAUGGUGGAAGUGUUGGUACAAGAUGUGGUUAUGAAGGAGGCCAUCAUGGUAGUGGUAGUGGUAGUGGUAGUGGCAGUGGUUAUAAGGGUGGAGGUGCUGGAAGUAGUGCUGUAGGAAAAUGGGGCACAGGAAGCAGCGGACAAGGAGGUUGUGUAGGAGGUGAUCAUGGAGGAGGAGCUGGUCGUGGUGCCGGUGGAGGACCUAAACGUGUUUAUGAUGGCCUUCAUGGUGAUGGUGGUUACUAA